UACCGAUCGAAAAUUGUUUCAACAAACAAAUAAGAAACACACGCAGCAAACACACACAGUGCGCGCGGCGCUCGUAAGCUUUGGUGCGUACAGAGAGUGUUCACAGCUGCGCAGCGACCGUCAAUCCACCCGCCAGUUAGUGUAGUAGUAAGGCUCUUGCUGCUCGGAGCGAAGGAAAUCGCGCGCAACCGGCAGCACCCUUUCGGCAAACGGUGGCACUGUGGCUGUGUGUGUGUGUGUCUGGCUGGAAGUGUACUCAACCCCUCCGAGUUCGACCUAAUCAUAGGGUUUUGGGUGGCGCCGGUACUGCGCCGAGACGACAGCACCCGCCGACCCUACAAUCCUCCCGUGAACCGAUAGAAGUGGUGCUGCUUUCAGUUGAGUCAGAAGGGGAAACCCUCACGGAGGCUUGUUUUAGUAGUUGCCUGUCUACCAGAGCAAGGCUUGAACGGGAUAGAGCGUUCGUGUUCGGAAAAGUGCACCCAGUCGCGAAAGAAAACACACCAUCGAUUGCAAAACCGGGCGAGGAAGGCAGCCGCCGAACGAGCGCAGUAGAACGGAACGAAGCGACCGAAGUGCAUCGGCCAAUUUUCCCUGCGUUCGCAAUAGAAAAAAAAACCGCGUAUGCAAAAGGUGUGCAGAGAGCACCGUCAAGCACAAAUCAAUCAAAGUGUGCCGAGUGAGUGUGAAUGAGCAAAUGAAGUGUGUAUGUGUGUGUAGUGUUGUAGUGAGUGAGUGAGCGAAAAAGAAAAAAGAGAUUUAAUAAGCCUUUUCCCCGUUAUUUCCACUUCCGGCCGUUUCUAGUGCAGCCUUUUUCCCCCCGUAAGUGUGUGUGUGUGUGUAGUGUGUUAAGUGGCACUAUUACGUUCCGGUAACUUCUCAGCUGUUCCUUUCAAGGGUGCAAGGGAAAAGUAGUGUAGCGCUCUGUAUAGAGAAACUGUAUGUAGAGAAAAGUUAGUGUAAAAGGGGGGGAAAAGCAAAACCGCUACCGACAUCGAAGCACCCGCUGGAUUGUGAAAACAAGCACACACACAACAUCCCACAUCCGCCGCGCGUACCCCCCACGGGGGAGCAUCCGAGUGAGUGUGUCGCCGGCCAGACAAACCUUCCUUUGGCUCGCGUGAGGCUCAGGUCCAGGGGGAAGGUUGACAAAGUUCAAUUGGCCACCGAAACACAGACGUGUACGACGGACGUGUCCGUCUGGCCGAUUGACGUAUGUGUGUGUGUGUGUGUGUGUGUUUCGCACACGACAGGGUCUUAUGAAUGUUAUGGGUGCCUUUUAGUGGAACAGCAGCAGCAGCAGCAGCAGCAAAAAUAGUGCAACGUCAACUGUGCGCCGGUUUCGGUGCGUGUGUGUUAGCGUGGUUUAUUCGAGCUUCCGGCAAUAGUUGAGCCAGCCAUACUCCCCUCGCCCUCCUGGGGAACCACGGUGUCGAUGAGCGGGUGCCAUUUUUAAAUCAAGUAUUGUAAAUCCAUGGUUGAGUACAGUUAAAACAUGUUGCUCUCUCAUGACUACAACAGUAGGCGCUCCUCGAUAGCAUCCACACAGUCGCGCAACAUCCGUGUCACGGUGCUGAAAAACAUGUUCAAAAAGAUUGCCCUCACGAGGUCCGCCCUCAAGAAGGCGAUCGUGGUGGUGUCCGUUUGUGCGCUGGCAAGCUUCCUGCUGCUGCUGUACUGGAAUGACAGUUCCGAGUCGACCAAACCCUCCAGCACGAUGGCGAUGGGCAUCUACAACACGCACAUCGUCGAUGGUAGCCUGGACGGCGGUCCGAUGAGCGCUGGCGAUAGCGUCCGGGACAGUGCCAUCCCCGUAAAUCCCAUCGAGCGGCUGUGGACGUACCGGUGUGUCAACAAUCGGUGCGUGCGGCACCAUUUCGUGGAUGGGGUAGAGGAGGACUUUGACACGAACAACGCGCACCAGCAGCAGCAGCACGGAGGACAAGCGCCAGCCGGUGCCGGGAGCGCAAACACGGGCAGCAGCAGCAGCUCACCCGGCAAGCGUAUCCCCUACCUAACCUGUACAAUGACCUGUGGGCCGAUCAAUAUUUGGCCGCAGCCGACCGGUGCCACCACGAUCGGUAGCAAAACGUCCCGCUUUCGGCUGUCGGACAUGCACGUGAAAAUCGUGACCAAGUUCGAGCCGGUCGAUAAGCUGCUGCACGACGCGUACGAUGUGCUGCGGGCCGAGGUUCGUGCCGCGAUGGUUUCGCACGGCGCGACGCUGGAAGAGAUCGAGGGUGCGGUGCCGGCGGCGUCCGUCCCGGCUGGGGUGCAGCAGCUGCCCCGGGCGGAGGAACGGUCACUCGCUACGGAGGUGAACGAUGCGGCCACGGUGGGAAGGAGUGCCGGUGGGUCAGAAACAUCCGGCGUGGGGAAGAUUCACUUCUUCAAGCUGGUCAGCGACAAGCGGUACGAUGUGGACGCGUUCGAGGUGAACGUGCACGUGGAUAAGUCGGGCGAUACGCACCUGACGUUGCACACGGACGAGAGCUACAACAUGACGGUGACGCACUCUGCACGUGUGUUGAUCGUAAAAAUAACUGCCAACACGUUCUUUGGCGCAAAGCAUGGGCUGACCACGCUGCAGCAGCUGAUCUGGUUCGAUGACGAGGAGCGUACGCUGAAGGUCCUCAACAAGGCGUCCAUUGAAGAUGUGCCAAAAUUUAACUACCGUGGCCUUAUGCUCGAUACCUCCCGGCACUACUUUACGGUGGACGCGAUCAAGCGCACCCUCGUCGGCAUGUCCCACUCGAAGCUGAACCGGUUCCACUGGCACAUCACGGACUCACAGAGCUUCCCGUUCGUUUCGCGCCACUAUCCGCAGCUCGCCCGGUACGGUGCCUACUCCGAGCGUGAGGUGUACACCGCGGACGACGUCCGGGAGCUGACCGCGUUUGCGAAGGUUCGCGGCAUCCAGAUCAUACCGGAGAUCGAUGCACCGGCCCACGCCGGCAAUGGGUGGGACUGGGGUCCCAAGCACGGGCUCGGCGAGCUGAGCCUGUGCAUCAACCAGCAGCCGUGGAGCAACUACUGCGGCGAGCCACCGUGCGGACAGCUCAACCCGAAAAACAACAACACCUAUCUGAUCCUGCAGAAGCUGUACGAGGAGCUGCUGGAGAUAGUCGGCCCACUGGAUUACUUCCACAUCGGCGGGGACGAGGUGAACCUGGAGUGCUGGCAGCAGCACUUUAACGACUCGGACAUGCGCACACUGUGGUGCGACUUUAUGCUGCAGGCGUACCAUCGGCUGCAGCUCGCCAGUGGACAGAACGCGACGGCACCGCGCCUAGUCGGCGUGUGGUCGAGCGGGCUGACCAGUGCGCCGUGCCUGUCGAAGAACACGUUCGCGGUGCAGGUGUGGGGCGGCAGCAAGUGGCCCGAAAACUUCCAGCUCAUCAACAGCGGCUACAGUCUGGUGAUAUCGCACGUGGACGCGUGGUAUCUGGACUGCGGGUUCGGCAGCUGGCGAUCGACGGGCGAUGGGGCCUGCUCGCCGUACCGCAACUGGCAGACGGUGUACAAGCACCGGCCGUGGGAGGAGAUGAAGCUGACCACGCUGCAGAUGCGCCAGAUUUUGGGCGGCGAGGCGUGCAUGUGGACGGAGCAGGUGGACGAGUCGAUACUGGACGCGCGGCUGUGGCCGCGCGCAUCCGCCCUGGCCGAGCGGCUGUGGACCGACCCGACCGAGGAGCGGUACAGUGAGUCGGUGCCGCUCGAGGUGUACAAUCGGAUGUCGGUGUUCCGGAACCAUCUGCUCGAGCUGGGCCUGCGGGCGGAACCGAUCUUCCCGAAGUACUGUGCGCAGAACCAGGACGAGUGUGUAUGAUAUUACGCCAACCCGUUCUACUAGAUUUUGUGAUUGUUCGCUAGAGGAGGGGGGGGGGCACUGUGUGGUUGUGAUAGUUUGACAAAAAAAGAGGGCGCUUUGACCGAUGUGCUACACGCAAUUGUACACGAGAAAGGGAAGCCUGGGCAAGACGACGCGAGGGGAGGGCACAUAUAUUUAGAAAACGCUUGAAACUCAUGAUAUUACUAUGACCAACAAUCAUGUAGCAACAGGAAUGGCGGGCGGGAGGAAGGAUGAGAUGAGGAUAGAAUUUUUGUUUGUUGUUAGAUAUUUAUGACACGGCGCAGUAGUGUGAGAUGCACAGUUGAACCUGUAGAACCGGGAAGCUGCGCAAAAGGUUUAAAACAAAACAAAAAAGAACACACGGUUGUACAUAGUUUGUAAAUGAUUGACGUAGUGUUACGGUAGCUACUUAUUCGGAGGUUUCAGCGUAGCGCUAGUAAAACGAGAAACAUUGUAACCUGCACACCUACCGUAGCGUUUAAUGAUCAUGAUAAUAGUACACACGACACCUAGCCGAACGGAAGGAGACAAUUAUGGUUUAAUAUGGUUUCUUACCAAGUUUAGUACAGUCUAUGAAGAAUUAGUAACAACAAAACAAACAUUUUGCGCUUACAAACUUACUAACAAAAAACGUGCACACUCACACGGCAACGGAACCAGUAACACGGAAGGUUGUAACUUCUCUAGUAGCAGGCGAGUCUAGCAGAUAGGCACGAUAUACUAACGAGCGAUAGAAUCAUCAAUGCAAAACACACGGAUCCUUUCUGUAGAGGAGUAUUUAUAUUUAAUUUCCCACAUACCCUUAGAUACAAUUCUUUAUUUUCCUCGAUUCACCAUACCUCAAAAUGGGAAAAUUCUGAAAUGGAUUUGCACGGCAAACAGAACGUCACGAGGCGCCUGGUAGACGAUAGGUGAAUUGUAUUGGUUCACGCGUACUUAAACGACCCGUGCGCAUUGCGGCGUUUGUGUUUUCUAUGCUUUACUGUGUGUACAAAUUUUCUACAAAUUCGUGCAUUCUUUUCCAACUUGUUACAAAUGCCGAUAUGAUGAUGAUGGUUGAAAUUGUGGUACAGCAAUUUUUCAGGAUAAUUAGUUAAAAAGGAAACGGUAAAGCUGCUUCGAAAUGAGCUUUACUAUGCGCGUGAAAGUGUGUGGAGCAAGUGCAAACAGCAAAGGUGAAGUAAUUUCAUGCAAACCCUCCCGAUAUACCUGUAGACGAUUUCGCUAGCAUACGUAAGUGUUUAAGUAUUUCUUUUAUUUUUUUUUGUAUCGCCUCCCGUUCAUACACUUGUGCGUGUGGUUUGAGAUUUGCGCAAGCGAUUAGCUGUAUCUGUUUCGAGUUAUUAUGUUUGUUGUUAACUAAUGCUUUAAUUUAGCAGAAAAGAAAGCAUACAGACAAUUUGCAGGCGCGCGGCAUUUCCGUUUUGCCAAAUUGUAAUAAUAAUAUUUAACAAAAUCCAACAGACACACACAGUCGAAACACUUCUUUCCCACUAAACUAAGUGCACUGUAGGGUUAAGCGUAACGUAGCGGCGUAAGUUAGGUAAACAACUAUCUAAAAACGGAAGCUCUAAGCAGCACUUGCAGGACGGAACACUUGUUGUUGUCAUUGUCAAACGACCAAAAUGCCUGAUUGUGAGAAAAGAAAACGUGGGAACGAGAAAUUAGGAAAAGCAAACAAUAUAGUAUGUAUAGAAACAGGUACACUUUUCUGUCAGAGAUUACUGUGAAAAAGUUUGAUUUAAAACAGUUAGACACAUUUGUUUUAAAACCAACUAGUAGCACACAGACGAACCUUAAAGCGUCAGCGAUGUUGAUUAGAUUCAUUGAUUUACUACAAAAAACAGAGCGUGAAAGACACAGGAGAGCCAUAAAUGAUUGCGGAUAUUAAACGCCGAACGAGCAAUACACUCAUCACCGUGAAAAGCGGGGCGAAAGUUUCGGUUGGAUUUAAUUGUGUAGCAGAACUUUAACUGGAAAUGUAUACCGAUAUGUAUCACACGUUCGCGAACGCAAAACUGCGAACGCUUUUGGAAAUGAACAAACUUGUAAAAGCAAGCAAGAGAAGAGAGACAAAGUGGGGAAGAAGAAACUAAGCUAAGCCGUUUGCCUUUUGCUGUAAUUGCAUAUUGUUAAGAAAUGGAAAACAAAAUUCGUGCAAGUGUCACGUGUUCCGUUGGACCCUGUUUCUGAUUUCAUGCUUGUUUGUUACAUUUUUGUUGUCGUUAGUGCAGUGAAAUGAAAAGUACAAGCGAGAGGAGGGGCGGGAAAAAGCGCGCGGAAAACUGAGCUUUGCGUCGAUAGUGUGAGGAUAAGUUAUUUACAUGUUUUCUUGAGAUUCGAUCGUAGCGGGCUCUCUCUCUGUCUAUCAGUUCCGAUUCUUUUUUAAGUAGUAGUGUAAUAAAAAGAAAACGAAUCAUAACUACAA